GAGCCAAAACAACGCGAAAAGUUUUUUUUUGAAAAUCGUAAAAUUGAAAAAUUGUAAACUUUCUUUUUUUGCCCGAAAAAAAAUCGAAAUUUCAAAAUGCCGAAAAAAUCAUUUGGUAAAAAACUAAGUUCAAAUCGUGCAACAAUUCCCGAUGAAUUAUUAUUGCGAAUGGCAAAUGAAUUUGAAAAUCCAUUGCUAAAAUUUGAUGAUGAUGAUGUUUAUGAUCAAGAUCGACAAUGUUUGUCAACAACAAUUACCGGAAUUCCAAUUUCGAUAAAAUAUUUUCUGUGGACAAAAAUUCCGAAUGAAUUACAAGAAUGGAUGAUCAAUCUGACCGAAAUAAAUAUGAAAGAUUUAUAUGAUUCAUGUUCAUGGAAAUGGAAUCGACAAUCGAAAAUUAAUGAAUUUAAACAUUCAACAGCUAAACAUUUAAUUGUUUUUGAUUUAUCACCGUCACCAUCAUCAUCUGAAGAAGAGAAACCAAUUGCAUUCGUACAUUUUCGUUUUGAAAAAGGUUAUGUUUCGGAUGCCGUUCUUUAUUGUUAUGAAUUACAAAUUGAAAAAUCCUAUCAACAAAAAGGUAUUGGUAGUUAUCUAAUGAAUCUCCUGGAAUCAUUAGGUAAACAAUUUCGAAUGAAAAAAUCUAUUGUAACCGUAUUGAAAAAUAAUCAACAAGCUUAUCAAUUCUAUACGAAUGGUUUACAAUUUCGUAUUGAUAAAAAUUCACCAAGUAAUUUUGAUGAACAACAACAACCGAUCGAAUAUGAAAUUUUAUCCAAAAAGAUUUCCUAA